AUGAGAGACAAAGCAGCAGCAACACAGCAGCAGCAGCAGCAGCAGCAGCAGCAGCAACAGCAGCAGCAGAAGCAGCUGUUGCAGCAGCUGCUGCAGCAGCAGGAGGUGACAUGGGCUCAUGUGGAAAGAGCCCACGGUGUUUCUGCUGCCGAUGCAGCAGCAGCUGCUGCUGCGCUGCUGCAGCAAGGAGUAGCAGCAGCAGACGUGCUGCGGGUGGUGUCUUCGUUAAUAAACCCUAGCUGGGGUGUAUGUACACCCCAGCACAUCUCCCCUCCUCCUGCGUCUCUAUCUGCUGCAGCAAGCGGCAGCAAAGCGACGGAGUCCCCAGCAGCAGCAGCAGCAGGAACAGCAGCAGCAGCAGCAGGAACAGCAGCAGCAGCAGCAGCAGCAGGAGCUUGCACGGCUAAGCUCAACGCAGCAACACAUCUGCUGCUGGCUCGGGCGUUUGCUGAUGAAGGCUGCAGCAGCAGCGCAGAGCAGCAGCUCCUCCUUGCCUUGGGGGGGCCCCCUGAGGGGGCCCCCCGCAUGGGGGCCCCCGAAGAUCUUGGGGGCCCCGCGGGGGGGCCCCCUGGUCAGGGGGCCCCCAGGAGAGAAGCAGAAGCAAUAGGGGACGAGCUGCAGCAGGAGGCGGUUGCUGCUGCACUUGCUGUGGCGGUAGCAGCAAUGAAGGAUGGAGAGCUGGAGCGGGCCUGCACAGCUCUGCUGCUGCUGCCUCUCUCUGUCUCCAUCCGCUUCGCCCGCGCCGUCCUCCCCGUCUCCCUAGACCUCUCUCGCCGUCUCUUGUCUUCAGGGGGCCCCCUUGGUGGCCCCUCUGGGGCCCCCUUCUGGGGCCCCUUUGUGGUUUCUGCGCGGAUAGUGGGUGAGGUGUUGCGGCAGGGUGAGGGGUUUGAAGCAGCAGCAGCAGGAGCAGCAGGAGCAGCAGCAGGAGCAGCAGCAGGAGCAGCAGCAGAAGCAGCAGCAGCAGCGGUGGAGCAGACUGAGCUGCUCGAUAGGGUGUAUGUACACCUGAAGCUGCUGCUGUCUUCUCACCCCUCUUCUAUCUCUCUGUCGCUGCAGCAGCAGCAGCAGCAGCAGCAGCUUCUUGUUGCUGCUGCUGAGGCCCUCUUUGCGGGUGGAGCUGAGCAGCAGCAACGGGGUCAGGAGCUGCUCUCUCUUGCUGCUUCUGCUGCUGCUGCUGCUGCAGCAGCAGCAGCAGCAGAAGAGGCAGAGACAGAGGGAGAGAAAGAACAAAUGGAAAAAGGAGACAGACAAAGACAGCAGCAGCAGCAGCAGCAGCAGCAGCUUCUUGUUGCUGCUGCUGAGGCUCUCUUUGCGGGUGGAGCUGAGCAGCAGCAACGGGGUCAGGAGCUGCUCUCUCUUGCUGCUUCUGCUGCUGCUGCUGCUGCUGCAGCAGCAGCAGAAGAGGCAGAGACAGAGGGAGAGAAAGAACAAAUGGAAAAAGGAGACAGACAAAGAGGAGAAACAACAAAAAAAAUAAUAAAAAAGGAGACAGCAGAACAACAAAGACAGCUCAUCAGCUGUCUCCUUGCUGCUGCAUUUAGAGGCCUCACAACUGCAGCACAACCACUCCUGCGAAAAGCCGAAGCAGCAGCAGCAGCAGCAGCAGCAGCAACAACAGCAGUUGCAGCACCAACAGCAGCAACUGCAGCAGCAGAAGCAGCAGCAGCAGCACCAACAGCAGCAACAGAAGCAGCAGCGUCAGCUGUCUCCUUGCUGCUGCAUUUAGAGGCCUUACAACUGCAGCACAACCACUCCUGCGAAAAGCCGAAGCAGCAGCAGCAGCAGCAGCAGCAGCAGCAGCACCAACAGCAACAGCAGCAGAUGCAGCGCCAACAGCAGCAACUGCAGCAGCAGAAGCAGCAGCAGCAGCACCAACAGCAGCAACAGAAGCAGCAGCAGCAGCAGCAGAAGCAGCACGACUGCUGCGUCUUGGGCGUUGGUUGCAGUCUCUGUCUUUGUCUUCAGCAGCAGCAGCAGCAGCAGCAGCACCAGCAGCACCAGCAGCAGCAGCAGCAGCAGCACCAAUAG